AUGUUUGGUGCUUCGUCCCAACAAACAUUUGUCCGUCUACUGUCCAAGUCUCGCUCGACCUUCACCCUUCGCUCUCUCCGCCCUCUGUCCCGCCGACACCAAUUCUCCCGCAACAUGUCUGUCACCACCGGAGCUCUUGGUUCAACGGCAGCUGCUGCCGUCGACAUGAUCGAGCAGGCCAAGCGCAAGGCCGCUUACCGCGCCGUCGCCGACCACUUCAACCCCGAGAUGCAGUUUGUCGGAAUUGGUUCCGGAAGCACAAUCAUCUACGGUGUCGAGGCCAUCAAGGACUGCUUGACCAAGAACCCUCCCAAGAACGGUCGCUACAUCUUCUUCGUCCCUACCGGUUUCCAGUCGAGAAAGGUCAUUGAGCAGGCUGGCCUGAUGCCCAUGGGUUUCGACAGCUUGCCCGAGAACGUCAUGCUGGAUGUUGCCUUUGACGGUGCCGACGAGGUCGACGACGACUUGAACUGCAUCAAAGGUGGUGGUGCUUUGCUGAUGCCCCAUCCCANNGAUUACCGCAAGAACCAGACCCGCCUCGUCACAAAGUGGCCCUCAAUACCCAUCGAAGUCGCUCCCAUCGCUCAUGCCACCGUCAUGCGCCAGCUCAAGCUUAUUGGUUCCAUCGACCCUGUGCUCCGUGAGCACACUCUUGCAAAGACCGGUCCUGUCCAGACCGACCAAGGUUUCUACAUCAUUGACGCCCCCUUCAAGCCUCUUCUUACACAGGACGACAUCAAGAACGGCCAGGACGGCUCUGGCAAGGAUGGUCAGUGGGAAGUCACUGCUCUUGCUCACAAGAUCAAGUCCAUUUCCGGUGUCCUCGAGGUUGGUCUCUUCUUCGGCCCCAACGGUUACGAGGUCCAGGCUGCUGGCGGCCAGGGCGGUCAGAAGCCUGUCGCUGCUUACUUCGGUAACGAGGACGGUUCUGUCAGUGUCAAGGAGGCACACCCUCCUAAAUAA